AUGACAGCUCUUAGAUAUUUUCCGCAUUUAUCAUCAGAAUCUCCACUGUUGGACAAGGGAGGAGGAUGGGUGGGCAUAACGCCUGAUGAAAGCUUUCAGGCGCUGCUUUGUACAACUGCUUGGAAAUUAGGAUAUGACAAUGAGAAAAUUCGGCGUCGAGCAGAGCGUGAACCACCCUUGCUGAGAUACAAUCCGGUCUCGCGUUUAGAAAUUUGGCGCGGAGGCAAGCCCCCCUUUCAGGUUUUUGAGCUGCUAGCAGACGCGUCAUUUCUUCCUCAACUCCACUCGGCAGCACUACAGAAAGUCGAUUUUCCUAGUCCUCUACAGAUUCAGGGAGAUAUGCUAAGCGCUUUCUUCGGCACUUUCGAGGAUUUGUCAACAUUGAUAUUUGAAAGCGUCGAUAUGAAUCAACUCAAUGUCCCUUUGUCUUCUGUCGAGGAGAAUUAUGAAGAUGAUGAGGAUAUGGACGACGUCGAAGACAGUGGCGCAGAAGAAUAUAGCAACGACAUAGAACUGAGAGACGCAGAAGAAAACAUUGCCAGCCGGAGGGCAAUUCAGUCAACUAAAGGAAAGAAUAGACGAGCGGCAGCAAAUAGCAAGGCUAAAGUAACGAGACUACAUAAGUCUGGCAACCGUCCUAGGCAAAUGAGUCGCAUCAUCAACAACCCAACUAGACAGUCUUUAAUUGACGAGCUGGCAAACACACACCCAAUUCCAACUAGACACUCCACUUUAACCAUUGAUAUGGACAUUCAGCAGUCAGAAUAUGUGCCCGAUAACCAACAUGUAUUGGAGACGCAGCAAGAACAAGAACAGGAACAGGAACAGGAACAGGAACAGCAACAGCAACAGCAACAGCAACAGCAAGCAGUUGAAACAUAUUCUAACAGCUUGAAUACUGGAUCGCCAUUUGAUACAGAUAUCAUACUCGCUAAUCCGACUCCCUCGCGUGAUUCUGUGCUUCCACAGCCAGAACCUUUGGUACCUCCAACAUUAGCAACUUCAAAUACCAUGUAUUUAAUACCUGAAGAACAACGAGGAACUUUUGAAGAAGAUACAAGAGUUAGUCGAGAUAAACUUCGUCAAAAUAGACUCGCCGUAGAGGAAAUUAUUUAUCAAAAACAGCGAGAUGAUGAUGAAGCUUUCAAAGAUGCGGCCGCACGACGAGAAGCGAUUAAUAAAGACGCGGCGCAAGAAGUAGAAGCAGUACUUCAAGAUAAAGUAAAUGGGAGAGAUGUCAACCUAAGGAACGAAUGGCAGCGCAUAGAGCAGAAUCGUCACCGCACAAUUGGAAAAGCAGAAAAAGCUCGUCAAACUGAUGCAAAUUUUCGAAUGGCAGAGGCAAUGAGGAAACUAAAAAAAGCACUUCCAGGAGAAGAAACAGAUCGAAGAGAACAAGUAUUUAAAGAGGACGAAAAGGCUCGUCACAAAAUUAUAUUGGAAGAGGAAAAUGAUAUCAAAGAGAAAAAUAAGAGGAAAUAUCAGGCAGCUAUAGAAGAAGUAGCUCGCCAAGAGGAAAUCGCCCGACAAGCAGCGGUACAGGCAAACUCUAGAGAAGAUGGGACUCGUCUUUGGGAUAGUGAACUUCCAAGCCCAGAACGGUCGCGAACUCCUCCAGAUUUGCCUGCCAAUCUGAGCGGAGUAGUACAGGAACAGCUUCCACAAAACUAG